AUUAUAAUAUAUCGCGGCUGCUUGUCGACCUUGAAAUUUUCAAUGGCAAGAACAUCAAAUACCACUCCUAAAACCGGUUUCAUCACCUUUGCUCCAACGGGUUAUUACAGCAGUGCCAUUUUAUACGUUAUUUUACGACGCUGCAUUAUAUAAACGAAUUCGCGUACUCAGCUCCCUUAUAUUAUAUGAAUCAUACGUGUUUAUAAAGUCGGGUUCACUGCUUCCUUGACCCCGCUCUAGAAUAAAUUACGUCCACCCGGCAAUCGGCAUCAUUCGUUUCAGUGUGCGAGAGACUCGCGCGGCGUCAUGAGGCUCCCGUUCAUAUUUUUGUUUACAAUCGUUCUCAUACAAUACGGUGAUUGCGGCACGUGGUUCCCAGAUAUCGUCGGUAUAUUUGACAAGAAAACUACACAGCUGAAGAAUUAUGUGCGAGACAAAGGACGCAGUUUAAUAAAUUACGUUGGCAGUGUGCAAAAUAAAGUUACUUCUUAUUUUAAAUAUUCGCCUAAGGGAAGGAGUUUGGAAGUGACAACAGAAGAACAGAUUAAAGACAGGUUUGAAAUUUACUUAAAUGAAGCGGAAAUGUCUGAGUCUGAGUUGUUUGAAACUAUUGCUCCAGCUAAUAUGAAAUAUAAUUGCACGCCCGAUGAUCCUGCGAUUCAUAUGACGACGCCCCAAUUAAUAGCCCGUCAUGGAUACCCUGCCGAGUCCCAUAUGGUUAUUACUGACGAUGGAUACAUCCUCACGCUGCACAGAAUUCCUCAUGCCAAAAUGGGUAAUGGGAGCAGACACGUUGAAAGUCCUCGAAAGACUGUUCUUUUGCAUCACGGUUUACUCGGCAGCUCAGCAGACUGGGUGAUUGCUGGCCCCGAAAAAGGUCUGGCAUAUAUUUUGUCUAACGCCGGAUACGAUGUUUGGCUGGCGAAUGUCAGAGGAAACACAUAUUCGAGAGCUCAUAUAUCUUUAAGCUCUGACUGCCGGGCUUUUUGGAACUUCACAUUCCACGAGGUCAGUCAGCACGACUUGCCAGCUGUAAUCGAUUACAUAAUGGAGACCAAAGGAUGGGACGCCAAGCUAAAUUAUAUUGGACAUUCAAUGGGCACGUCAGUUUUAUUUGCUUUACUGUCAACUAAAACACAUUACAAUAAAAUUUUAAGAGCAGGCUAUGCACUCGCGCCUGUAGCGUACAUGUCGGAGGUUAAAAGUCCGAUAAGACUGUUGGCCAGAUACGCAGAUGACAUUGAAUUUUUACUAAAUUUACUUGGCCAGAAUGAGUUUCUGCCGCAGAACUCUGUCAUGCGAUGGCUGUCGAAGCACGCUUGCGAAAUAAAUCGUUACGAAGAAGCUAUUUGUGAAAAUUCCUUGUUUAUGCUUUGCGGGCAUGAUGAGAAGCAAUUCAACAGGACGCUAUUACCUCUCAUUUUGGGCCACGUCCCAGCUGGGGCUUCGACGAGAACUCUUGUCCACUACGCCCAAGAGAUUCGCAAUAAAGGCCAAUUCCAGAUGUUUGACUACGGCCAAGAUGGGAAUAUGAAACAGUACGGAACACCAACGCCUCCUCAGUAUCCCCUUCAGAAGAUCACCUUACCAAUCGCCCUGUUCGGUUCGCAAAACGAUUGGCUAGCCAGUACCACUGAUGUCACGAAACUAUACCAACAACUACCUAGCCUCAUCGAGAACUAUGUAGUGCCUUUAAAAGAGUUCAAUCAUAUCGAUUUUCUGUGGGCAAUUGAUGCGCCUAAGCUAGUGUACAAUAAGUUAUUAGAACUCUUAGAAAAAGGAGGUAGUAGGAAAGAGGUAAACGUAAACGACAUAGAUGUAGACGUAGAAAUCAUAACUAAUGAACUUGAUUAGUUUAGCUUUUAGGUCAACGCAUUUGUAAACGUAUUUUAGAUAAAAGACGAUAAAACUUGCGUUAGUGAAGUGAGAUAGCUUGGUAUUUUAAGACCAAUGUGAGAUUAGCUGUAAUAUUAUGUUUCAGGAAUAAAGUACAUAUUAUUCUUCUAUAA